AUGGGAGACCGUUGGAAGCCAUCGCCGUAUGUUCAAUAUGGAUAUACUGAAGAGCGAUACAAAUGGACUCAAACCCCUGAUGAUGUAACUCUGACAAUUACACUUCCCGAUGCCAACUUGAAUACUAAGACUGACUUGAAAGUGACUAUUAAGUCGUUCACAUUUGAACUGAAAAUCAAAGAUGAAGUCUAUAUUGGCGGGGAGUUGGAACACGGCAUCAACGUCGAUGAAUCAACGUGGACCCGUGACGGGAAAACCAUUGAAGUCAUCUUCGCUAAAGGUAUGAAGACCCACGGAGAAGGUGAGGGAUGCUGGUGGGGGUGUGUCAUCAAAGGUGCUCAUGUCAUCGACAUUAAACGUAUGGAAUCGACUAAAUACCUCGACGACUCACUUCUUAAAAAACUCGCUGAAAAGGACAAGGACGACGAGAAGGAAAAAGAGAAGAAGAAGAACGGAGACGACGAAGACGAAGAUGAGGAGGAAGACGAGUAA